AUAACAAAAGUCUUACAUAUUUUUCAAUAGAAAACUAUGAGUUAAAACUUCGAAAUCGGAGUUACUCUUAAUUAAUAUCCAUGAUAAUUGAUAUCAAUAACGUUAAUUUUUAUUAAACUAUAAAACAUGUCGGCUUCUCCUCCUACAAAACCCCCAAGAGGGGUGAAACAGGGUAAAGAAACGAGUGGCCUGUUGAUGUCAGUUAUUCGGACAUUAUCAGCAAGUGAAACAAACGAACAAAGAGAGAAGGAGAGAGCUAAACUAGAGAAAGAAUAUAAGAAAAGCGAUGCAAGGCUCGAUGAGCUGGUUGCCGCACAUGCUAAUGAAAUUACUGAAGUUAUGCAGAAAUUCAGCACAGUGGGUGCAGCGUUAAGCUCUUGGGGCCAGCACUGUUCUGCCGCUGAGGCCAGACUAUCUGCAUGUAGAGCUCUGUUGCGUGUGCGGAGAGAAGACUUACGUCGCUUGUGGGCGGAUGCUCGAACCCAUCACCAUGCAUUACGCAUGCUGACUGAUAUAGAGCGCGUGGUAGUAAGCGAGCGGGAGGCGCGCGAGUUGGCGGCGCGGCGGCGCGUGCUGGGCGCGGCGCACGCGCUGCACACGGCGCUCGCCACCGCCCGCGAGCACCUGCCGCACGUCUCCGCGCUCUCCGCCACCACCAAACACCUUGAGGCUAAGAAAAUUGAAUUGGUGGAUAUAAUAGUGCGCAACUUGAAUGAUGCAGUAUACAAAGACGACCGCACUCCACUGAACAGGCGGGUUUCUGCUAGGCGUCGUACUGCAUUACUACUUGCUGAGUUGACAAAGAGCGAGGAGCUGACGGACGCGUACUUACAAGAUAUAACACCGGAGUACGAAGCGUCGUUAACUGAGGACGAUAUCACGUUCGAGACCACGGUCAUGAUAUCGCUGGAGGCCCUCGGGGUUUUGGGGCAGUUGAAGGAGGCUACAGAGAAGUUCAAAGUGCAAAUCCAGAACGAGCUAUUGGAAGUGAUCGACGUCGUCUCGCGUCGGAUCAUCGACGAUGACCUCGACGACAGAGAGGACGAGAACGAAGGCGAGGGUGAGGGAGAGGGGGAGUGGGCCGAGCUGCUCGAAGAGGAAGAGGAUGAGGAGGGAGACGUAGCGGAGGGAGGGAGGGCGCUCGCCUGUCUCGUGGGCUCGUUGCGGGAGGAGUUCAAGGCGUGCGGCAUGCGACAUAAGAGGCUGAUACAAGUGUGGCGGGCCGCGUUACAGAAGCACAAGAUACCGGACUCGUGCCUUCACACUGAACAGCAUUAUUGGAGUGCCGUGCAACAAGUGAUGCAGCUACUCCUAACAGAGUACCUACAAAUAGAGAGCGUGAGUCUCUCGGAGGCUCGGCGCGGGGUGAGCCGGGCGGCCCCUCCCGACCUGAAGCUUUCCGACUAUUUCAGCAAGAAGAAGCCGCAGAGGAGACGAGAGAAGCUGUUCAAACUUACUGCGGCGCCGCCCGUGGCGAGCGGACCGGCGCAGCGCCGCCAGCGCUACCCGCUGGUGUGCGCGCCGCACCCCGCGCUGCUGCACGCCGCGCUGCCCGCGCUGCACGCGCUGUGCGCGCACCUCGACCGGGGCGGCGAGUGCUCGCUGCGCGCGUUCGUGGCGGACUACGUGCGCUGGGGCGAGAGCGAGCGGCUGGCGGGCGCGGCGCGCGCGCGCAUCGACGCCGCCGCCGCCGCGCCCGCCGCCUGGCGCGAGCGGGCCCUCGUGCGCGCCGCCAACGGCGAGCAGCGCGCCGUGUUCGCGUGCGCGCGGCGCGCGUGGGCGGCGGUGCGGCGCUGCGCGGCGGGCGCGGUGCGCUGCGGCGCGAGCGGCGGCGCCGCGGCGGCGCGCGCCACGCCGGCGGCGCUGGGCGCGCUGGCGGCGCACGCGCGGGCGGCGCACGCGCGCCUGGCGCCGGCGCACCCCGCGCACGCGGCGCGCGCGGCGCGCUGGCUGGCGGACGACGACAUCGUGCGCUUCCUGCAGGCGCUGCCGAACUACCGGCUGCUGAAGAGCGCGCCGGACGACGCGCCGCCCACGCAGCAGGAAUUGAAAGCAGCUUACGAGCGUGAAGCUGAAAUCCUUGGAUCGAGUCUCGGCGAUGGGGAAGUAUCGAUCAAGGAAAUAGUUAGCGACGUGCACCAACUUGAAGAGCUCGCUUUGUUUGCUGAAACUAUGGAAUGGAUAAGUGCCAACAUCCUAGCACUUCCCAGCAUUAUGAGUCCAGCUCUGCAGCUGUCAGAUAAGUUUGUGAACGACCUUAACGCUGCGGCGGCCAUCUUUACUGAGAUAUCCCAUAAGUGCCUGUUGUUCCUGCAUUUGGAGAUGCGCAUCGAGUGCUUCCACUACCUGUGCCAGGAGGGCGGCGAGGGCGAGGGCGAGGGCGGCGCGGGGGGCGCGGGCGGGGCGGGCGGCGCGGGCGGCGCGGCGCGGCUGGCCGCCAGCCUGCUCGCCUUCCACGACCUCGCGCGCCUCGCGCCCAACCGCCUCGCCUACAUAAUGAACGGCAUCGGCGAGAUGAUGUCCGCCGCGGUGGUGUGGCGCUGGCAGUCGGAGCGGGGGGCGGCGGGGGCGGCGGGGGGCCGGCUCGCGGCGCUGCGCCACUGCCUGGCCGCGCUGCGCCUGCCGCACGACGGGCUGCACGCCGCGCAUGCGUACCUGCACCUGCUCGCCUGCACGCCAGAGGAGAUAAUAGCGUCGGUCCGCGAGAAGGGCCCGCAGUUCUCGGAGCUGGAGUACCUGAACGCGUUCAAGGUGAUCGGCGCGCGGCGCUCGCUGUCCGCCGCCGACAUGCGCGCGCACCUCAAGCAGCUCUCCGCCGCGCUCGGCCACGUCGGCGUCACCGUCUAGCUGCGGGGCUGCCACGGUCCCGCCCUCUCACUUGGCCACCCUCUAGGUGUAAUGAGCUGGGGUAGUGCCUCAGUCCCCGCUGAAUCACUUGGCUUUUUAAUCACAUCUAUAUAAAUUUUAAGUAAAACAAUUCAUGAAAAACAACUUGUGCCACAGUUACGUGCAGAGAACUGUAAGAAAUCUAGCGUACACGGGACGUGUGAAUGGUAUGGUCAUUUGGGAUGAUUUACACGCUUCUAUGGGGUGGUUUGCUAAGAACCUUUUCAGAUUUUUUUAAACUGAUAUAGACAUAUCAAUAACAAUAAUUAAUGCUUGUUUAUCACUUAUAGACUUAAUUGUUUAUUAGUAUAGUAAAAAGCGUAAGACACAAUUGUAUAUUAGGUAUUAAAAAAAAUAUAGGUAAUCCCAAUAUUAUUAUCAGCCUUAUUAUUAUUUUACUCUUUGCUUUAAUUAAGUUUCACAAUCAAU